GACGCACUUCGUUAUCUCUGAACUUUUGAACGAAGGAGCAAAAGAAUAUAGCUGUUCAUAUCUUGCAUAAGUGAGCGUUCACUGUAGUGUUUACAAAGCUACUUAGAGGAACUUUCUCCUGCCUGAAGCACUGAUGGCUGCAACUGUCUGUGGUUUGGGCGUCACUAUGACUGUCCUCAUGUGCGUUCUAGGAGGCCAAGCGCUUGACCUGCUGAGGGUGGCUGCGACAUCGGCAUAUCCUCCCUCCACUCCCACAGUGCACUGCAGGUGUGCGAGCUACCCAAACUUGACGUUUUGCUCCUGGCCUGAACCCUCUCACUCCCCUCCGACACACUACAUUGCCACCUACAGUGAGAGACACAGACCGCUGGACACCAAGCCUUGCCACCUCAUCCCUCCCGGCUCGUCGUCUUCUGAUGUGAUUUCAGCAUCAUCACCUUCAUCUGAACAGCUGUGGCACUGUCGCCUGCCCAACCUAAAACUUCUCACUGAGUACAUCAUCAACAUCACCGCAGUUUCCGCUGGAGAAAGCAGCCCCCAUUUAUCAAGUUUCAUGAUGGAGGAUAUAGUGAAACCAGAUCCUCCUGUAGAUGUCCGGGUUUCCCCUCAUAAUGCCAGAAACCUGCUGGUGGAGUGGGCUCCUCCCCCGUCUUGGGCCUACCUGGACAUCUUUCCCCUGAAAUACCAGAUUCUCUAUCAGUGGGAAAACAGGGGCAACCCAAAGACUGUAAAUCUGGGUCCAUUUGAGAGCACCAAGGUUGAGCUGAGGGGGCUGACCCCAGGAAGGACCUACCUGUUCCAGGUGUGUGCUAAAGAGCUGCUGGGUCUGGGCAAGUGCAGCGACUGGAGCGCACCUGUAAAAAUCACCAUACCAAGAAGGAAAUUGUAGAAACCUUCUCUCUCUCCCACUGUUUUAUUUAAUCCUCUCUUUCAAAGCUAAUAGUGAAGUAAAGCUGAAGAAACGCAGACAGCUCGCAUCUUUUAACUGCACAAACAAUGCAAGCAACAGUUAAUAAUAUUUUGCUUUAUUUAUAAAGGAGUACAUGGAUAUUAUCUGUACAGUGUACACUCAGCAUUUCUAUUUAAAACUGUAUCAUAUUUUUUGUAUAUCUUUUGGCGUGAGCCAUUUGUCUUUGGAGCAACUGAUAAUAUAAUAACCAUACUGUAAGGUUAUUAAUCAGAAUGUCUGAUGGUCUGAUUAGUUUUUACCUGACAAUUUAUGACACUCUUUAAAACAUAUUUUACUAUAUUUGAAGCCUUUUAAACCUGGAUUAAGAUCAGU